AUUCAGGAACGAGCCUGUCGUUAUGUUUCUUCUGGUUAUUCUUUUAGUCAACAACCUUGGUCUUCUUACAGUAGAAGGAGGCGAUUCUUCAUGCUGGUCCCUGAAUGGUAGAUGUCAAUAUACAUCGGAAAAGUGUUUCCUAUAUAAACCUGGAUACUGUGCUGGACCAACCAAUAGACAAUGUUGUGUUUGGGGAGCUGACCUACAAUGCUUGAUGAGACGUGGAACCUGCCAAAAUAAUUCGAAUUAUUGCAGAGGGGGAUAUCUGCCAGGUCUAUGUGGCGGAGAUCUAUCGCGCCAAUGCUGUGUGUUUCCCGUCAUAUCUUGAAAAAAAAACCCGGAUAAUU